AUGGAGACGGCCAUAUGUGGGAGGAUUGCACUCUCGCCCAAGCACGUACUAGCUCCUAAACCAGGUUUGCUCUCGUUAAGUCAGUCCAGGGGCUCUCUCUGGUUUAGAAUUCCUCCGGUUUUUAUUUUAUUUUAUUUUAGAUACCGAGGAUAGCUCUCUAUGACUUCUGGGGUAACCUCGGUUGGGGGAAACUGGUUUUUCUGGUGUUUAUCGCUGUAGCUGCUUUUUUGAUCAUUCCGAUGAUUCCUGUUCGUAUUGGCUUUCAUUUUCUGUUAGCCUUUUCCUGGCCAUAUUGAAUCAUGCCCGUAACUUAUAAAUUUUCAGUCUCUUUGUCGGAUUCUUUCUCCGGAGACGUCAUUCCAAGGAAUAUUCCGUAGAUUUUGAUCUACCGAUGCUAUAACCUAAAUGCCGGGAUCUCCCCUUUCGUGUAUGAAUCACCGUGGCUGAAAUUCUGCAUAAAUUUUUUACAUUUUUAUUUAUUCAUAUGAAAUGCCGUAAUUGGAGGAAAUACUUUCAUGAACUAAGGAAAAUUCUGAGUGGUUCAGUGCGAUAAUUCUAUAGCAGGCAGCAUUGUGAUAUACUUUUGCUUGUCGACAAAGAGUUCUUAGCAUUGAGAGAUAUACGUGUAUAUUUUAUAUAUUAAAAGUUCAUAGCAUGAAUGCGGUGAAGUUUUCUUUGGUCAAGUGGGGCUCAAGAAUUUUGGUUGAUGACGGUGGGGUCCCUGCUUUUCCCUUAUGUUCAACUAUGACAUAAUAAGAUCUUCUUGGCAUCUCAUGUGGAACACAAAAGUCUCUUGAUGACAGUAAUUGCUAUCUCCAUCCUCUUUUUUUUUUUAAAAGCUGUUCCGAAUCUUUCUGAUUGAAGUGGGAUCUGGGUUUGGAAUUUUUUCUUCAUUAUUCAAGUGCCUAGAUGAAAUCAAUUAUGAACUAGCAAGAUGAGAGCUUGUAGAAUAGUUUGGAGCUUCCGCAUUGGCCUUUUAUAAACAUACUAGACAUCCACGAGGGGCUUCGAUUUGGUGCUGGCAUUGAAUGUUUGGAUACGGGGGCCCACAAAAAUUAGAUGGUUAGAAUAGCGAUAAAAAUGUUAUAUUGUGUAGAGGAAAAUAAUCUGUGAGAGAAUCAUCAUUGAGAGUAUCAAUACAAGCUGUGGAGAAGCAUCUUUGGAAGAUGAAAUGAGAUAGUUCAGAUAGCUUAGGAUCCAUCACGGAUCUAAGAUGACUCGAGGUGGAAGAGGAAGUCUGUCAUUAAUGGGCUGAUUAAUGCACUUAAUCUUUAGAUUACUAUUUUUUAUUAUUUAUCAUAAAUUUAUUUUCACCAACCAACCAGCUCUAUUGGGAUCUUGACGGGGGUACCCAGUCAACAGCCAUUUAGAGCUACGUAGGAAACAGGGACAAAAUCAAGGGGUUGCCUGAUUUUAAUCAAGUAUUUUGUCUGAUUCUAUUUUUUGAUUAGAAAAAAUCGUAGCUUACUAAUUCAUUUAUUGUGAAAUUUAUAUCGUAGAGUAUUCGUUUGUACCUCAAUUCACCACCAAAGUAAUUGUUUGGAUAAUACAAGAGCUGAAAGAUCUAGCAUUUACAUUUAUAUGCUAUAUGCACGUAUGUGUUUGGACGAUGUAACACUGAAAUGUGGUUCAGUGCUUCAAGGGAUUUAUAAACCGCCUGGGUCCCCAUGUUGUUGUGUUACAUCUGUUAGUGAUAACAUUUUAGAACCAUGUUAAAUUGAACAUUAUCAUUUUAUUUUUAAACUGAACUCAUUUCUCCCUCAUAUUCGUGCUUUCCUGGGUUUGAUUGAGUCCGCGUAUCUGAUCCCGAAUUGGACCAGAACUUUACCGUGAUUGGUGUUCUUAGUGAAAGAAGAUCCGUGGUGAGGUCCCACUUCUGAUCUAGGCAAGAUCUUUAUACUGCAUUUAUGGUUUUGGGAAAUCCAGAGCAAGAAACAGAAGAAGAAAAGAAGGUGUUUGAGAUGCUCGAGAAAGUUCAAAACUAUCACUUCUAUCACUUCUCUUUCAAAGGGUCAACUUUCAUGUAGAGCCUAUCGAUGAUCAGAUGGCUUUAGUCACAUGCCAGGGUAAGCUCCUGUGAAUGUUUGUAGAUUCAGAUGGGUAAGUCUCAUUUCUCUAUUGUGGUAUUUUUUAAAAAUUACCUACUUAAAUAUUGGCUUCUGCAUUGAGAUUUUGAAGGCAUUUUAUCUCCCUUUUUUCUGGGAGAAUUACUAAAAUGAUUAACGAGAUCACGCCAAAUGUUAGCAUUUCCAGUAAAAAAACCAUGAAGACAGUAUUGCCUCAAUGUGAGAAACUUAAGUGAUGUCGGGGUUGCAUCCGUGUUAGCAUUUUCCACUGAUAAAUUGGCAGUCCCGGUGAUUUCUUUCGCCUUUUUCUACUGCAAACUUUAAGGAUUAAAUGGGUGACGUGUUUAUGGGGAGAGUAUGAUCUUUGGGGGUUCAAGUUAUGUUAAUGAAGUUGUCAAACAUCUCAUAGAUUGUUUUUUUCCUUCCUGCAUAAAAUUGGACUCAGACGAGAAUAAUUCCAAAUAUUAGUAUGAAUUUAUUUAUCUGAAAAUUAGUUUCGUGGACUUCAUUAGAAAGUUCAUCACAUCCAUCCAAUUGUACUGGGUUCAUGCUUGUGAAGUCGACAACUUUCAUCUCAUUUUGUGCCAGAUUAAUGUUUCCCCCUCAAAGAUUCAAUAUUUUGGAAUCAAACUGCAUAAUAUGUGUUGGCUGCUGGAACUAAUUUACUUCAAUCUAUGCUAUAUUUAUAUCCUCGUUCAAGAAGCUUAUAAAAGCUGAAGCUACCCAGAAGGGAAGUUAGCCCAUGCUCUUGGUUAUACCUCCCAGGAGAUGGCAUGUGGAGUCAGCAGAUGCUCCAGCUAAGUACUUGGCUCCUCAUCACAAAGAAAGUCUGUCGAUAAUCGAUCAAUUCUAAAGAGAAUUAAAAUAUCCUCCCUAACGAUGCCUUUUUGAAUUAAAAUAUUCUCCCUUUUUUUCUUUUCUUUUUUUCGAAGAAGUAUCAUCUUUCCCCCAACCCCUCAAAGAGGUAUUUAUUUACGAGAUUCUCUUCUGAUCUUUCUAGAAUGGGAUCAUUAAUGCUCUCAUCCAAGAGUCUGCGGUAGUACAUUCUUGAGCUGAUAUAUUAAUCAUCCUUUCCACUGUGAAUUUAAACUGGAAUUGCAGGCGACAAGCAGCUUCCGUUCAAAGGGCAGUUCCUGCAUCGAGGAGUUCUUACUCCCAUAGCGGCUAGUGGACCCGGAAAAGGAGGUGGACUGUUGGAGAGACCCACUAUAGAGAAGACCACCCCUGGUCGUGAAUCCGAGUUUGACUUGAGGUAUACCCAGUUCAUCAGUCCACAUAUCAGCUUCAUUAUCCAUGCGUGAUUUUGUUCCUCUGAAACUGAUUUGGAAAGAGCAUCAGAGGGUUGGGUUUCUGCUACAUCCCUGAAUAUAUCCGAGCAUUCUAGGAGGAUCAUUAGAUGAACAAUUGCUCCGUUGACAAGGAAGAGAAGGUAGAUUUUUUUUCUGAAUUUCCCUUCUGGGCAGGAUUUGUAGCCCUCUGGUCUGGAAGAAAACUAGCCAGAUUAGGCUGCAGCCUAUGCUAACAUCAUGGGCCUCACCCAUUUCACAUGGGCACAGGAGACAACAUGCUCCUGCCCUAAUUUCCUCUCCGGGCUUCAUCUGGAGCCACAAACCUGGUAGAAAUUGGGCGGAUGGGUUCAUGAGAUCCAUCAGCAACCCCAGCUGUCCCUACCCAGUUCAUCUUCUCAUAUGGGUGGGCAGGCAUUGUUCUUACAUCCAAAUGGUCUGUGGGAGAUGUGCAGGAAGUCGAGGAAGAUAUCGCCGCCGUACCGUGUUCUUCUUCACAAUGACAACUUCAACAAGAGAGAGUAUGUCGUCCAGGUGCUGAUGAAGGUGAUCCCAGGGAUGACCCUUGACAACGCAGUCAACAUCAUGCAGGAGGCCCACUACAAUGGGCUGGCAGUGGUCAUCGUCUGCGCCCAAGCCGAUGCCGAGGAGCACUGCAUGCAGCUGAGGGGAAACGGCCUCCUGAGCUCAAUCGAGCCUGCCAGCGGCAACUGCUGA